AUGGCCGCCACCACGUGUGCUCAGGGCAUGGAGCAAACUGACCUCAGUGCCCGGCUGGAUGAACUAUUCGCUAGGUUCUGGAGGACAAUAGCUAUCCGGGAGCAGAGGGCCAAGGCACACAACAUCGCUACUAUGGAGCCGGCGAACCCCCGGCACAAGCGCAUGCCUCCUCCUGCAAUCGGGGCCUGCAAACGGCCGUGGGGACGGCACACUAAAAGAACCCGAAAGCCCAAGCAACUAACACCGCCAUUGGCGGCAACCCAUCCACACAAGUGUCCAGAGAACUUAAACCUACCUGAGCGACAACCGCGGCAAGCAGGGCCAAUCAAGGGCCAGACACGGCCGAGGGACCACAAGCGGACCACACCGCAACCCCUCAACCGACGCCAUCAUGAGGCAGACCCUCGCCCGGGCAUACCCUGGAGGCAACACAACCACUUGCGGUACGUCGCCUUACACAGAAUUCCUCACGCUAACAGAUCCGCUCUACCAGAAUGGGACCCUGAUCUCGCCACAGCAAAGACCUCCAGCGUCGUCCAGAGUGGCUGGCAACAUUAUAGCAUUCCACCGCACCGCAACAGCUUCAACAGCCCUCCGAGCGCCGGCAUCGGCUGACACAAGAAUCACGCCACAGGACUGGUCCCCAGCCACACUAAGCUGCUAUCCAUGAGGCCACCGUCAACUGCCUGGACUACUGUGCCACUAACCAGCGGGUAUAAAUGGUGCAAGACCUACCUUAAGCGAUAUGCAUGGAUAUGCGGGGACUCAGUGAUAUAUAUACCCUCCAAGCUUAUGUUUUUGACUCUCCCAGUGAGGCAUUUCUCUCUACAGCUAGCACCAUAUAUAUUGGACAGUAACUAAUAUCGGCAUCUUGGAUUGUAAGAUAAACCUGUCCCUAAUAC